UGAGCGUGUUUUUCGUUUGGCAAUCGUCUGGCUAGUUCAAACCAGACGCAGCUUCUGUAAAAUAAAGUCAAAGUUGUCGUCAAAGUCUUCCGUCUUAGUUUAUAUGGACACAUGACGCACAUAUGUACACACAGACAUAAAUAAUAUUACUAAUUAAUAUUACAGUCAAAAAACGAAAGAAAAGAAGUCACGUGAGGUUUGGAGGAGAGCUACAAAGACACGAGAAGAAAAGGAGGAACAAAAGUAGCCCAAGUGGACGCGUAUCACCCGAGCGGAGCGGAGCGCGUCUUUAUUAGGAGCAGAAUGUUCGGAAUGAUAAAGAAUUCGCUCCUCGGAGGGACGGAGGAGACGCCGUAUAAAAUACUGACCUCAGAAACCAAGGGUGAUUUGAACUAUGAGGUCAGACGCUAUGAUGGUGGUAUGUUUGCCACGGUGAAUGUUGACGGAAAAUCAUUCGAUGAAACGUCGGGCGAGGCCGUUCUGAAACUCCUCAAAUACGUGGGGGGAAGCAACGACAAAGGUAUCGGGAUGGGAAUGACGGCUCCAGUGUCAAUCACGGCGUUCCCGAAGGAGGACGGAUCCCUGUCCGGGAAGCUCAACGUCGGGAUCAGAAUUCCCACCAAAUUCCAGUCGGAUCCUCCCAGCCCGACCGACGAGACGGUGAAAAUUGAGCAGAGAUCUGGGAUGACUGUCUAUUCAACUCAGUUUGGUGGCUAUGCUAAGGAGGUGGAUUAUCGCUCUCAUGCUGCCAGGCUGAUGGCAGCGUUGGGGGACAGCGCCCCCUAUCAGCGAGGGCAGUACCUGUGCAACGGCUACGACCCUCCAAUGAAACCGUACGGCCGUCGCAAUGAGAUCUGGCUCCUGCAGGAGGAGCCCUAGAGCUCAAACGAUCAGAGAGAAUGAUGCAGCUGUGCCAUAAUGAGAGUCCCCCCCCUCCCCUCCCUCCCCCCCCCACAGUAAAAGCACAGCAAAGUGUAAUAAAACACAGUUCAAGCAUAGGGCAGCAUUGUAAAACAGAGAGGUCUGGUAAAGCAUAGGGAAGCAUUGUAAAGCUCAGAGAGGUGUGGUAAAGCAUAGGGAAGCAUUGUAAAGCACAGAGAGGUCUGGUAAAGCAUAGGGAAGCAUUGUAAAGCACAGAGAGGUCUGGUAAAGCAUAGGGAUGCAUUGUAAAGCACAGAGAGGUCUGGUAAAGCAUAGGGAAGCAUUGUAAAGCACAGAGAGGUCUGGUAAAGCAUAGGGAAGCAUUGUAAAGCACAGAGAGGUCUGGUAAAGCAUAGGGAAGCAUUGUAAAGCACAGAGAGGUCUGGUGAAGCACAGGGAAGCAUUGUAAAGCACAGAGAGGUCUGGUAAAGCAUAGGGAAGCAUUGUAAAGCACAGAGAGGUCUGGUAAAGCAUAGGGAAGCAUUGUAAAGCACAGAGAGGUCUGGUAAAGCAUAGGGAAGCAUUGUAAAGCACAGAGAGGUCUGGUAAAGCAUAGGGAAGCAUUGUAAAGCACAGAGAGGUCUGGUAAAGCAUAGGGAAGCAUUGUAAAGCACAGAGAGGUAUGUUAUUAAGGUGUCAGUUGUUCUUUAUCACCACCAGGGAGCAGCAAAAUAUAACUCUGUUCAGUUUGACGCUACAGUAUAAUAUAGAAUCCCUUCUUCUUGGGGUCUGUGUUAGUUUACUACAUUCUGAAAAGAGUUUAGUGUCAUUAAAGCUGCAGACAGACAGACAGACAGACAGACAGAGCCCCACAAUCCUGUUCAGUUUGACGCUACAGUAUAAUAUAGAAUCCCUUCUUCUUGGGGUCUGUGUUAGUUUACUACAUUCUGAAAAGAGUUUAGUGUCAUUAAAGCUGCAGACAGACAGACAGACAGACAGACAGACAGAGCCCCACAAUCCUGUUCAGUUUGACGCUACAGAAUAAUAUAGAAUCAAAUAAAUCGCCACACAAAUAUAUAAUUGCACCUUCAAAAAUAUUAUGACUUUUAUUGAUGCGUUACAAAUAUGAAUACAAAUAAAAAUCAUACCAUAUAUAAUUAUACAUAUUUAUAUAAUUAAGGAUUUUCAAUAGAAAUUGGUAUAAAUAUAUAUUUUCAAAAAUGGUGAUGAAAGAAAAGUGGAAAAUGAGAAUUUUUUUUUUUGGGGGGGGGGGGGGGGUGUUAAUAAAAUAUUCAGACUUUGUAUGCUUGGUCCUGUGUUUGAAAUUCCUGAUGUUAAUUUAGCAUUUCCUGGUUCGAAUUACGUCAAUUCUGCCAAUUCAGUUUUGUAUUAAUUGUGCAAUAAAUUGUUACUUAUUUUAACAUAGAUAUGAAAUAAAAUAUAGAUUUCAAUUCUU